AUGGAUCUGAAGGAGAGAAUAUUUUAUCUUCUAUCUUUUAUAAUUUCCCUAGUUGUUGGUUUUUUCUUUCCUCUAUCUGUUGAUUCGCAAUGCAAUGGAAGUCUAGUAAUUGUCAAUUUUGGCGACUCCAAUUCUGAUACUGGUGGCUAUGUUAUAGUACGUGGAAUGAUCGGACAGCUUCCAAAAAAGCACACCAUUAGUCAUGAUUUAGCUGGUCGAAUGUGUGAUGGCAGAUUAGUAAUUGAUUUUCUAUGCGAAAGUGUGAAAAAUGGUUAUUUAACUCCAUUUAUGGAGUCAAUGGGCAAAAACUUUACAAACGGAGUUAAUUUUGCUAUUGCUGGUUCUAAAACUCUUCCAGCCUCAGAUUCUUUUAAUUUGAAGAUCCAAAUUGCCCAGUUCCAUCGGUUUCGAUCUCUUUCUCUUGAGUUAUUUGACAAAGGUAAUGGAAAUUUGCUAGGAGAUGAAGAUCUAAGGAAUGCCCUCUACACCAUUGAUAUUGGACAAAAUGAUUUGGAUGGAGUAUUUGGCGCUCUCUCAUAUGAAAAAGCUAUCCUGAAAAUUCCUGAUUUCAUUUUUGAAAUUGAAACUGCAAUAAAGGAAAUUUAUGAAGAAGGUGGAAAGAAUUUUUGGGUACACAAUACAGGGCCAAUAGGGUGCUUGCCUAAAUCACUUGCAACAUAUAACAAGUAUAAGGAUGAUUAUGAUGAGCAUGGAUGCCUAAUAUCUCUAAACGAAGGUGCAAAAAUAUUCAAUGACAAAUUAUACCUUCUCUGCGAAAAACUAAGAGAUGAAAUGAAGAAUAUCACCAUUGUAUAUCUUGAUGUCUACUCCAUCAAAUAUGACCUUAUUGCUAACUCUUCUAAUUAUGGGUUUGUAAAUCCAUUGAUGGCGUGUUGUGGAUAUGGAGGGCCACCAUACAACUAUGAAUCAAACAACAAAUGUGGGCAAGGAAAUUACACAAUAUGUGAGGAUAGAUCCAAGUACAUUAGCUGGGAUGGUGCUCACUAUACAGAAGAAGCUAAUGCAGCUGUUGCCUCUAAAAUACUCUCAACAAACUACUCUACGCCUCCACUCAAGUUCGAUAGUUUUUGCAACAUUGAACCUUGAUAUGGGACUAAAGACUC